ACAGGGUAGUUGCGCGGUGCCUGUCGGUGUGGGUCAUCCACUCGUGGGUGGAAUGGUGCUGGUUAUGAAGGCCUCAGCAUCGCCAGCGCAUCGAUGAAGGGCCCGGUCCCGCCUACGCACCAAGACGCUGCCAGCCGCGCAAAAGUCAAACAGUGAACCCUCGACCAUCCGGUGCAUAGCCACCCUGAGAAGAUCUAAAGUGUCGUGCCAUUCAACCGAAGGGUCCGUGGCUCUUUUCUCAUUCGACCGUCACGUUGCCAAAGGGCUAGCCGGAAAACACUCCGCUCUUGCCACAUCAUCAUCCCGCACGAAAGAAAAACGGGCGCGAGGCAUUCAAUACAGUUCUGAGACACGGCAAGUGGUAGGAGGCGACCUGGCCGAGGUGAAAGGGGGGCGUAGUCACCAAUCAUACAACACCAUCCUCCUGUACGACUUAAGGACGGAUGCCUACCUUGAACGAGGAUAACCAGCGAAGGCAAGUGAGUGGUGCAUUGGUGAAAGGGGAAAGAAUGCGACACGGUCGGCCGGGGCGGACAGCCUCGGUGGAUGACAGCUUCACCACGGCCCAUCCGCGCAUGCCCGAAGCGUCCUCCACCACCUCCUCCUCC